AUCAUACAUCAGUGACCUGAUUGUUCCAUAUGUUCCUAACUGAGCACUUCUCUCUCAGACUGCAGGUCUACUGGUGGUUCCCAGAAUAUCUAAAAUUAGGAUGGGAGGCAGAUCUUUUAGCUAUCAGGCUCCUCUGUUGUGGAACCAGCUCCCAGCUUUAGUCCGUGAGGCAGACACUUUGUCUACUUUUAAGAAUAGGCUUAAACCAUUUUUAUUUGAUAGGGCCUAUGGUUAAAAUCUGAUGUUAGCCUAAAUCUGGUCAAGUGGGGGAAUAGAGGGAGGUGGAGUGUACAGUCGGUAAAGACGGCUCUCCCUUGCCCUGCCUCCAACAUGCCUACAUCUAAAAGGAUAGAUUAUCCAGAGUUAUCUCUGUAGUUAUGCUGCUAUAGGCUUAGACUGCUGGAGGAUACACUGACCACUUUCCACACUUCUGCUUUCUUCUACAAUCUGCUCUUUAACUGUAUUAUUUCCUGCUAUUUCAGCUGUUAACUUUAUUUUCUCUCUAAGUGUUUUUCUCCCCAGAAGAAGCUACAAUGACGUUCUGCUGAGCUGUGGUGGCCUCAUGGAGGGGGCCAUCGUCUAGCACACUGCUGCUAACCACUAAAACAUUCUCCCUCUCCUGAUAAUAACACUUUACUCUCUUUGACGUUGGAUGUGCUACUACUAGUUUACCCGUUUAGUUAUAGAUUCACUAGGAUGAAUACAAUAAAGUUUAUCUUUCACCAAAUAGAAUAUUUACUAAGAAAUCACAAUGUAACCAUGGACACAUUGCUUGCCUUUGUGUGUGUGUGUGUGUGUGUGUGUGUGUGUGUGCGCGCGCGCGCGUGUGGGGGGUCUUGUUCUGUGUGAAAACGAAGCGGUACAAGUGAUAAUGCUGCUGGAUUUCAUAACUGUAUCUUCUCAGCAGCAGCACUGCAGGUGCUCUCCAUGUCCAACAUGUGCGUAAGCCAGGUCCUUAGUCAACUUAAAGUUGCGCACAUUUUUCCUCUUAAGUUUUCUUUCAUAAAUCCCAGUUUGCGUGGAAAGUUGCUUACGCAGUUUUCCAACCCCGUUUUGUGCGUAAGCAAGCUUGAUAAAUGAGGUCCCUGACCUGUAUUGGAAUAUUUAUUGUGUGAAGGUCCUUGGGACGACUCUUGUCGUGGUUUGGUGCUUUAUAAAUGAACUUGAAUUGAAUUGUGUUUCAUCUGCGUGUUUAAAGCAAUAACUUUGCUGUAAGUAAUUAUUCAUGUUAUAUGUUGACCUUUGCCCAAAGGUAAAUCUGACUCUGGAUCAGUUAAACAACCAUGUUUCAUUUAUUUCUGGUUGCUGCAUGCGAUCAGCUGCUGCUAACCAGCGCCCCCUGCUGUCGCUCCUGAAGAACUGCACCAAAGCUCCUCUUGUCUCUGUCCAGGGUCCUGAAAAUAAUAUCCCGAGUUAUUUUUAAUGAAUAUUCUUUUGACCAGAUCCUCGUCUUGGGUAGUGAUGAGGACUUUGCAGCUGAAUCCCAGAGAGCUUGCCGGUUCCUCCUCCUCCUCCUCCUCCUCCUCCUCUUGCCUUGAAAGAUUUCUUCUGUCAUCCCUUUAACCGGCUCAGCGUCUCUAAUCCAGCCGGCUGACCACCGCGGGUUCUUCCACACCGUUAUGUGCCAACAUAGAUAAAACUAUUUCAGAUCUCAUUUGCUGUGUGGAACAAGUUGCCAUAAAGCGGAUUUAAUUGGAUUUCUGCGCGGUGAGGAGAAUGACCCUGAGCCUUCCAGUAGCUCCGAUCUCAGCGUGGGGAUGAAAAUAAAAAAUGACGAGCGGCAGAUUUUAUAUUCUCCCCUCCACAAAGUGGUUUUUCUUCCUGUCUGUGAUCCGAUGUGCAUAACAGACAUCCUGAAGGGUUGAUGGUUUGACUUUUUAGGUGACUUUGUGGUUUGAAACUGCGGGGAUGGAAGCUGCAAAGAAAGGUAAAUACUUUUAUCUUAUUUACAAGCACUCAAGAGUAAAUGACAUGUGUAUAUCUGACAUGAUAGCAUGCAGCUGAAUACUUUCAUUAUUGGCACAGUGUUUUUAUACUUUCAUUGUUUUAUUCAGAUAUUUUAAUCAUUGAAGGUUAUGAAUGUGCCUGCAGGUGCAUAUUUAUGGACAGGUGCAGGGAUAGUACUGUGCUAAGGGCCAUACCGCUUCCAUAAAGAAGUAGGUCACAUCUGGCCCCACAAUACGAGACCUGCAGGACAGAAUACCUCUGUGCUCCAAUCUGGUGCCAUCAAACCCACCCCUACCGUGUUAGAUAAUAAUGUCAGGUCGAUUCAAGAGAGGAACAAAGACACGCCAUCUAUUACUUGUGUGAUGCAUGUUAUUGAACAGAGAGGUUCUUCAGUUAGCCGCGAGAUGCUCAUGUUGGAGAUCUUUUGUUGGAUUUUUGUCUUCAUCCAUGCCAGAUGCGCCGCCUGCGGGCGAUGCAGGAAAAUCAGACACCCUGGGGUCGACUGGCUCGGCCAGGAGGAGGGGAGGGGGAGCCAAGAAGGCGAUGCAGGCCAACAAGUCUGCCCUCAGAGCCCCCCGAGCCCUCUGCUGCCUCACUCUGAGCAACCCCAUCCGCAUGGCAGCACUGGCGCUGGUGGAGUGGAAAUAUCCUUCUCUGUGUUCAGGUGUUCACACACACAUGCUGAAAACAUGUGACACAUAAAGCACGCUGGAGCCUUAACUAAAUCUGUAAGCCCUUUGAUAUUUUCAUCCUGCUUGCCAUUUUUGCCAACUGUGUGGCCAUGGGCGUCACGAAGCCGUAUCCAGAUGAUGAUUCCAACGCCACCAACCACCAGCUGGAACAAGUAGAGUACGUCUUCCUGGUCAUCUUCACCAUCGAGACCUUCACUAAAAUCCUCGCCUAUGGUCUAGUCAUGCACCCCAGCGCCUACAUCCGCAGUGGAUGGAACUUGCUUGAUUUUGUGAUCGUCAUUGUCGGGUUGUUCAGCGUGAUAGCAGAGGGGAUGACGGAUCACAAACCCGGAGAGGCUCACCACGCUGCAGGGAAACCUGGAGGCCUGGAUGUGAAAGCUCUCAGAGCAUUCAGGGUGUUGAGGCCGCUCCGGCUUGUGUCAGGAGUGCCAAGUUUACAGAUUGUGUUAAACUCCAUCAUGAAAGCCAUGGUGCCCCUCCUCCACAUCGGAAUGCUUGUCAUGUUUGUCAUCAUCAUCUACGCCAUCAUCGGCCUGGAGCUGUUCAUUGGCAGGAUGCAUAAGACUUGCUAUGACAUCAGCACAGGUGUCAUGGUCGAGGACGAUCCAUCCCCUUGUAAUUUUGCCGGCGUUGGACGCUUUUGCGUCUCCAACGGGACGGAGUGCAGGGGCAAGUGGGAGGGUCCCAAUGGGGGAAUCACAAACUUUGACAACAUUUUCUUUGCCAUGCUGACAGUUUUUCAGUGCAUCACUAUGGAGGGGUGGACAGAAGUGCUGUACUGGAUGAACGACGCUAUUGGCUACGACAUUCCGUGGAUCUACUUUGUCUCGUUGGUCAUCUUUGGAUCUUUUUUCAUCAUUAAUCUUGUCUUGGGUGUGUUGAGCGGAGAGUUCUCUAAGGAAAGAGAGAAGGCGGUGGCGCGGGGUGAGCUGCAGAAGGCUCAGGAGAGCAAACAGAUGGAAGAGGACAUGAUCGGCUACAUGGACUGGCUCAUAGAAGCCGAGGACGUGGACGAAGAAGGAAACAAGCGCGCUGCGAUCGCCAAGAAGAAGAUGAUGAAGAAGUUCGGCUGGUACAAACACAGUGAGGACGGAGGAGAGUCGGACUCUGACGACGACAUUGCGUACCUGGACGAUGACAGCGGCUUCUGUGCUUCUCUCAUGGCGAAGAUGAUGGCCAACAGCUUCUGCGACCAGCUGUGCCAGCUCAACCACUCCUUCAGAAAGAACUGCCGUGUCGCCGUCAAGACCACCAACUUCUACUGGCUGGUGCUGCUGCUGGUGUUCCUCAACACGGUGGCCAGCGCCUCGGAGCACUACGGGCAGCCCAAGUGGCUCACCGAAAUGCAAGAGCGAGCCAAUAAGAUCCUGCUGCUGCUCUUCACCCUGGAGAUGCUGAUGAAGAUGUACGCCUUUGGUCUUCAGAUCUAUUUCAUGGCUCUGUUUAACCGCUUCGACUGCUUCGUGGUGUGUGGCGGCAUCCUGGAGACGCUGCUUGUGGAGCUGGAUGUCAUCCCGCCCAUCGGCAUCUCCGUGCUGCGCUGCAUCCGACUACUCCGGAUAUUUAAGAUGACCCGGCACUGGGCCGCUCUCUCUGAUCUGGUCACCUCGCUGCUCAACUCCAUGAAGGCCAUCUGCUCUCUCCUGCUCCUGCUCUUCCUCUUCCUCAUCAUCUUCGCCUUGCUGGGGAUGCAGCUGUUCGGAGGGAAAUUCAACUUUGACGAAACUCAGAUGAAGAGAAGCACAUUCGACUCGUUUCCUCAGGCCCUGCUCACCUGUUUUCAGAUCCUCACCGGAGAGGACUGGAACGCUGUGAUGUAUGAUGGCAUCAUGGCAUACGGAGGGCCCAUCUUCCCCAACAUGGUGGUGUGCAUUUACUUUGUCAUCCUCUUCGUCUGCGGUAACUACAUCCUGCUGAACGUCUUCUUGGCUAUUGCUGUCGAUAACUUGGCAAGCGGUGGCGGGAAGAAGAAAGUGGAGGAGAAGAAAGAAGAAGAGGAAGAGUGGGAUGAAGAUGAAGAGAAAGAAAAUGAGGAUGAAGCCAACGAAGAGGACGACUGGCAGGAGAACGAGGAGCUGAGAGCCAUUGAGGGACUGGAGGGGGUCGCUCCAUUAAAGCCGGAGUUCUCCGGGCCCAAAGAGAAGAUCGUGCCGAUACCCGAUGGAAGUUCCUUCUUCAUCCUCGGGAAGAAAAACUGCUUACGCGUGGCCUGCCACAACCUCAUCCACCACCACUACUUCACCAACUUCAUCCUCAUCUUCAUCAUCCUCAGUAGUAUUUCACUGGCUGCCGAGGAUCCCAUCAAAUCCCACUCAUUCAGGAACAUCGUAAGACUCCCUCACCCCAUCCCGACGUGUAGCAGAUCUCUGAGAAGCUGCAUUAACUUCUGUCUUCUGCAGGUGCUCGGAUACGCAGAUUAUGUUUUCACUUCGGUGUUUACCGUGGAGAUCGUUCUGAAGAUGACGGUUUACGGAGCGUUUCUGCACACUGGCUCCUUCUGCAGGAACGCCUUCAACCUUCUGGACCUGCUGGUGGUCAGCGUGUCGCUCACCUCCUUCUUCCUACACUCCAGUGCCAUCUCUGUAGUGAAGAUUCUCCGAGUCCUGCGAGUACUCCGUCCUCUUCGAGCCAUCAACAGAGCCAAAGGGCUGAAGAAUGUGGUGCAGUGUGUAUUUGUGGCCAUACGCACCAUCGGCAACAUCCUGAUCGUCACAACUCUGCUUCAGUUCAUGUUCGCCUGCAUAGGAGUGCAGCUCUUUAAGGGCCGGUUCUACAGCUGCACAGACGAAGCCAAACACACUCCAGACGAGUGCAAGGGAACUUUUGUGGUCUACAAAGAUGGCGACAUGAACCACCCCAUGGUUAGGGAGCGGCUCUGGCAGAACAGUGACUUUAACUUUGACAACGUGCUGAUGGGCAUGCUGGCUCUAUUCACCGUGUCCACUUUUGAGGGCUGGCCACAGAUCCUGUACCGAGCAGUGGAUGCCAAUGCCAUUAACCGAGGUCCCAUUUACAACUACCGAGUAGAAAUCUCCAUCUUCUUCAUCAUCUACAUCAUCAUCAUUGCUUUCUUCAUGAUGAACAUCUUUGUGGGUUUCGUCAUCAUCACCUUUAGAGAGCAGGGAGAGGCUGAGUUCAAAAACUGUGAGCUGAACAAAAACCAGCGUCAGUGUGUGUAUUAUGCACUGAAAGCUCAACCGAUUAAGAUCUACAUCCCCAAAAACCCCUCCCAGCUAAAGUUCUGGAGGAUCAUCAACUCCAGCCAGUUUGAGUACAUCAUGUUUGUGCUGAUCCUGGGGAACACCUUGACUCUGGCCGUGCAGCAUUACGAGCAGUCCAAACUCUUCACCUCCAUCAUGGACAUCCUUAACAUGAUCUUCACUGUGGUCUUCACCAUAGAGAUGGUCAUCAAACUGAUGGCUCUGCGGGCUCACCACUACUUCAUCGAUCCCUGGAACUCGUUCGACGCUCUGAUCGUGGUGGGGAGCGUGUUGGACAUCGCUGUGUCUGAGUUCAGCGGUGGGGGGAAAGGAGAGCACGGAAAAGUGUCCAUCACCUUCUUCCGGUUAUUCCGAGUGCUGCGGUUGGUUAAGCUGCUAAGCAAAGGAGAGGGCAUCCGAACGCUGCUCUGGACUUUCGUCAAGUCCCUGCAGGCCCUGCCUUACGUCGGCCUUCUCAUCGCCAUGAUCUUCUUCAUCUAUGCCGUGAUUGGCAUGCAGAUGUUUGGGAAAAUAGCCAUCGACGACGACACAGAAAUCAACAGAAACUGCAACUUCCAGACGUUCUUCAUGGCUGUCCUGGUUCUUUUCAGGUGUGCCACUGGAGAGCAGUGGCAGGAGAUCAUGUUGGCCGCUCUGCCCGGCAGACGCUGUGACCCUGAGUCUGACACGGAACCAGGUGAAGAGUUCACCUGUGGAAGCAACCUGGCCUACAUCUACUUCAUCAGCUUCUUCAUGCUCUGCGCCUACCUGAUUAUUAAUUUGUUCAUUGCUGUCAUCAUGGACAACUUUGAGUAUCUGACCAGAGACUGGACCGUGCUCGGCACGCACCACCUGGAUGAGUUUAAGAGGGUUUGGUCUGACUACGACCCAGAGGCCACGGGUCGCAUUAAGCACAUCGACGUCGUCACCAUGUUGCGCAGGAUUCAGCCACCUCUGGGUUUUGGAAAGCUGUGUCCUCAUCGUGUCGCUUGCAGAAGGCUAGUUGCCAUGAACGUCCCCCUGCACCCUGAUGGGACGGUCACCUUCAACGCUACUCUCUUUGCUCUUGUCCGAACCUCUCUGAAGAUUAAAACUGAAGGACCAGUUGAUCAGCAGAACGAGGAGCUGAAGCUUGUAAUUAAGAAGCUCUGGAAGCACACCAAGCCCAAGCUCAUUGAUGAAAUCAUCCCGCCCCCUAGAGGAGAUGAGGUGACCAGUGGGAAAUUUUACGCCAGCUUUCUGAUCCAAGACUACUUCAAAAAGUUCCGCAAGAGGAAAGAAAGAGAGAGGAAAUCCAAGAGGAAGGACAAGGCAGCCGCUCUGCAGCUAGGGCUGCGGACGCUGCAGGACCUGGCCCCGGAGAUGCGCCUGGCCAUGGCCUGUGACCUGGAAGAAGAGGAGGCCACUGAGGGGGAGAUGACAGCUGAUGAGAUCUUUGAUAGUGAGCACGGCACCUCGGUGAACACCACGCCUGCCGUCACACCGAUUCCCCCUCUGGACCUGCUGGUGGAGCGGACGGCUGUGAUCAUCGAGCCCGAGCCCAGGAUCACCAACGGGGGCGUGAUCACCAAGCAGGUGGCUGGCUUGGAGGAGCACCAGAGACCCGGAUCCGAGCUGGCAGGUGUCAGCGUGGUCACGGUGCAACCCCUCAGGUCUGAGCCUCUGCCCAUCCGUGAGUCACCUCCUCCUCCGCCUCCUCCCAUGGAGAUUUCAGGUGCAGAAGAGGUUGUAGCUGAGGAAGCAGCCAUGUUGGAUGCAAGUAGAGCAGCUGAGCAACUUUACGUGAGCGAGGGAGGUGCAGCAGAUCUACCAUCAGUAGACAGCAGGUUUGCGUACCCAGGUGCCGUGUCUCCAGGCCCAACGGAGACAGGAGACAACAGUCUCGGUGUGGAGAUGGCCGGCAGCGUAGGAGGAGUACCGUACGAGAGUCACGAUGCUAACGGCUUUGUCAGCAACGGUUACACAGAAAACAACAUGAAUGGAGGGAGCGUUGCUGUUAGUCCCACCCCCUACGAGACGAUGGGAUUCAGCGAAGACGGAUACACAGAUUACCCCGAGAACUCCAGCGUGAUCGGCACCAACGCGCACGGAGAGAACGGCAGCAUGGCCGGAGGCUACAAUGGGAGUGAGAGCAGCAGCGCCCAGUUUGUGCGGAGACGGCUCCUUCCUGCCAUACCUAGAGGUCGUAAACCCGCCUUUAACUUCCAGUGUCUGAGGCCACAGAGCAGCGUGGAUGACCUUCCGGUCCCUGGGAACUACCAGGGGAACACGUCUCCCUCCAGGUCUCGUCUGCAGGCUCAGCACAGUCUGGACUCCCGGCCCAGCAGCGUGUCCUCCAUGUCCUCCGCCUCCUGGGCCAACACGGCCGCAGCCGGCACCACUCCCCUCCCGAGAAUAAUUGCCCCCACGGGCCGAAGGGGCAAGCUCAUCUACACCCCGAUGAUCCUGGUGGACGAGCAAAGCGGCACCAGUCAGCCGCUGUGGAGCGACAGCUCCGCCAGCCUUCCAGCAGGGCGGCGUCCAGGCUGGUACCCGGGUCAGACCAGAACCUUCACCAGUGUGAGGAUACCACCAUCUGUCACCCAGAGCUUCGUGGACAAAGGCAGCGCAGACAGCCUGGUGGAGUCGAUCCUGAUCUCCGAGGGGCUCGGUGCCUACGCUCGGGACCCAAAGUUUGUGAACUUUGCCAAGAAGGAGAUCGCCGAAGCGUGCCACAUGAGCCUGGACGAGAUGGAGAGCGCCGCUGCUGACCUGAUAGCACGCGGAGCCAGCCGCUCACUGUCCCGCUUCGAGGACGACCUGGCUGAUGAGAUGAACUGUGUGGUUUCUUACUGAGGUCUCCAAACCAGGAGGAGGAAGUGUUUGUGUCCGUUUGAGCACAGAGAAUCGUCCAGUGAAUGAGGACUUUUUGUUUAUUAUAAUGGAAAAAAUGACACCCCUCGGUUUAUGAAUGCCAAAACAAGUGCGCGCACACACACACACACACACACACACCUGAUGAGGUCUUAUGUUUCUCCUGCUUGCAGAAAACGUUUCCAGCUAGAUCAGAGCAGCAUCAAGCUAACCCCGGCCUUCAGUGGCGUUGCUGUACAGUCUAAAUAAAUAAAAAUGUUUUCUUAAA